GUGUAUCAUUUCAUUAGUUACGGAUUUUGUCGACAAAUAGUGUAGGCAAUGGACACAACAACUCAUGCAUUAAAGAAUAGGUGGUUUGUUAGCUUUCUCCCCCUGAUCACUUCCGACAUGGUCAACACAGAUUUUAAAGGGGACUGGAACCUGGCGUCCGAGCAGCUGAUGCAGCGUCUAGACUGGUUGAAGACAGUCGAGGAGGUGUGGUCCACAAUGAACUCUCUACCACGAAUUCAGCAGCUUGGUGUAGGCAGUACAUUUAUUAUGGCUAGAGAAAACAAAGACCCCAGUUUCGAGGCCUUUCCAAACGGGUCCCGUGUGAUGAUUAACUUUUUCAAACCUCCUGCGACGGAAAAGGGGAUGGAGACGGUAAUUGCGGUGGUGCUUGGGGAAGCCAUCACAAAUGAAGUGAGUGACGGUUUGACUGUUUGUGAUGUGAUUCGAAUUGUCGUUCGUCCCACCCGUGAAUAUCCAGAUAUGAUACGAGUCGAAGUGUGGCUAAAUAAAUCUUCCUUUACUUCAAAAGUGGAAUCAUUUAUAAAAAAGGUGCUUGCGGAGCACGAUGUUGCUAGCAACCUUUACAGCAUUACUGCAAAUUCCUUUGAAGGAGCGAUGAAAAAACAAACCACAUAGACUCAGCAUUUCGCGAACCUCCCCGUUCCAAAAUUCAUAGAAAAGGAGGUCGCGACGGCGAGGGCAGUGGUGGUGGUCGAUUAGACUGCGAAGUCGUAGGAUAAUUCUGCCGCCACUGUGAGGACGCCCAUGCCAAACGAGGGGAAUAUAGGGUUCAGUUUGACGCAUGGACUCAAUAAUAGGUAUUGAAAGUACAGGUUAAUUAAUACCAUGGUGCUCUAUUUUAUCAUUUUUUUUUACAUUAUUGACGUUUACUUUUCAAGUUGUUUCAUAUUAUAUUUAAACUCUCAAGUGCUUAUUUUGAAUUUGUUCACCUCUAAAUUUAACAAAUUUUCCCCCAAACUUUUUGAGCAAGUUAAGACGAAAUGAAGAGUUUCUCAAGUGGAGGCAAAAGUAUGUUCUGAAAAGGGUGUGUACAUUGAAAUAUAUAUAUAUUUGUUUCUAUUAGAGCAUCAUUGUAUUACCAUUAUUAUUGCAGCUCCACCAAUACCUUUCUCUUGAUAUACGUAUUGCAUGGAUUUUCACUUUCGACAAAAUUAGAAAGUAUAGUAACACUAACUCGAACGCGUUUGAUUAAAAGUCCAGAUACAUGUAAAAUGUGAUUAAGUGUAAAUAAAAGAGAUCUUUUUAUAUUAAUAAUACUUCGCUCCAUUGGAGAGUAUGACUUACUGCACAAGCA